AAAUAUUAAAUUACGUUAUUGUUCGUGUUUUUUUAUUGAAAUAGUAUAUAAAUUGUUCUAUUUAUUAUUAAACUUUGUUUUGAAAAUUCCAUCCAACAAAUGUCAGUUGUUCUAAUGUCUGUAUAACUAUUGUAAUUAAUGCUAUUUUUACGGAUAACACGAACAAUUAUAGACUAUAAAGAAAAAAAUACCAUUAUAAGAAAAUUACUAUUAUAAUCUUGUCAAUUAUACAAAACACUUAAAUCUAAAAAAUAGCUAAACAAAUAAUACAUUACAUGUGUUGUGUACACGUUCGGAAAACGGUUGGAUCAUUCAACUAUACAUUGUGUGGUAAAGUAGCACAAAAGUGCGCGUUAAGAUUCGAUCGACGAAAAUGAAUAAUUCACCGUCCGUUCGGAAGAUAUCGUUGAUGAUUUUGUUCUUCCGCAAUGCUCUGUGCAAGAACAUUUUAGGAGUUUUUCCCAUCGAAGCUCAAAGUCAUCAAAUAGUGUUUGACUCGUAUAUGUCUGAACUACACCGCCGUGGUCAUAACGUGACCGUCUACUCGCAUUUUCCUGAAAUUGCCUCUGAACCGUACAAGAUAAUUAAAAUCAGCAACACAACUACGUCAGUACUGAACCCAAACUACAUUACCAUGGACAACAUGAACUCGCCGUCGAUUUUCAACAGUUACAAGCACAUGUUUUGUCUGGUAAGUAACGGUCAAGCGUAUGCGCAGUCCGAUUCGCUGCGUGAGCUAUACGCUCAGCCGGAAGACACUUACGAUCUAAUUGUGACGGAAACGUGCAACACAGACCUUUACCUAGCGUUGGUUGGACGGUUCAAAGCUCCGUUCGUUGCGUGGACCACAUCCCCGUUGUUCGUGUGGUCCGCAGAUCGCAUGGGGACGUCCAGCAAUCCUGCGUACAUACCGGUCCUGAUGACACAGCACGGAACGGACAUGAGCUUCUUGGAACGAUGGGAGAACACGUUAUUGCGGUCCGUAGCGUUUUACAAAUACUUCAUAGAUUCGACGAUUCCUUCGCAGGAAAUUGCUACGAAACAUUACAAGUCUUUGAUGCCGUUGCACCAGUUGGUGUUCAAAACUAGUUUUCUGUUUGUUCACACGCAUUAUUCGCUCUGGGGGAGUAGGCCGUUACCUCACAACGUGGUCGAAGUAGGAGGUUUACACGUUAGACCGUCAAAACUUCAAGACGCGGUAACACCCUAUUUAUGAUUUUCCAAUCUAAUAAAAUAUAACCGUCAAAAGUAAGAGAUAAAAUGUUCUGUGUAGGAAAGUGAUGACCAAAUUAUAAUUUUGAAAAUUUCUAAUCCCACAUAAGAAAAUUCGUGUAGAAAAAAUAUAAUUAUAUUGUUUAAAUUACUAAAACAUUGAAAUUGUAUUUUUUAUAUCAUGAUGUUUACCAUAGUCAUGUCAACAAUUUUAGCGCCCCGGGGCAAAAAAUUUUCUUCGGGUACACUGGGCACAAGUAGCAUAUUAAGUGCAGAUAAAGGCGCCCCCAUACUUUAACAAAACAACGGUGCCUAGAGACCAUUGCCCCCUUAACUCCUUUAACUCGUCUCCGAUGGUUACACUUAUAAGAUUUUAAUCAUAAACUAAGAGCUAAUAUUAAGGAAAUGAGCGGGAUGAUAAAAUAAAAACAUGUAGAGAUUAACUUUUUUUUGGGUAUAACAAUAGUUUUUAUUUCACGUUAACUUGAUAUUGGGAUGAUGCCGCAAAGCCAGUAUUCACUAGUCUGAUAGUGUGAACACGAUAAUGUAUCUUUGGUACCUUAAUUAUUGUAUUAAAUAAAGUCUAAAACAUUACUAGUAUUAACUUUGAUUAUUGAAUAAACUUGGUAAU